AUGUUCAUCCUGAUCUCAGGGCUGGUGGCCAACGCCACCCUGCUUUGGCUGUUUCUAAGGGAAAGGAAAUCAUUCUCUGCCUCUAAGGUUCUAGGUCUGAAUCUUGUUGUGAUGGAUCUCAUCUACCUGUUUACACUACCUGUGGACUUGAUUUAUGAUAUAGAAAAAGCUCAGUUUGGCAAAGGAAAUGAUUCAGCCCCUAUCCAGCCAAGUUUCCAAAGUACACAGGCGACAAUGGACAAGGCGAGAGACAUCUUCAGCAUGUUCAACCUGAUCGGCUGCCCCCUGCUGCUAGCCUGCAUGUGUAUUGAGCGCUACCUGGCAGUGAUGAGACCUGUGCUAUAUAUGAGAGUGAGGAACUGGGAGUACCGGAUGGCUGUUUCUGCUGUGGUGUGGGCGAUCACCCUGUCCUUCUGUCUGCUUACAUUUUUUGUGGCUGAUAUAACCAUCAUUAUGAUGGCUGUCUCCGUCAUCAUCUCCUGCCUCUUCUUCUUAAUGCUCGCCUCCCUUGGGGGUGUGGUCUGGUCCCUGUGGCAGCAAAGCCCCGCCCACAGCACGCACGGAAACCAGCGCCGCCCUGAAUCACCCCAGAAGAGACAGGCAGUGGAUAACGUGUUGGCUGUGGUGGUGCCUGCAGUGAUCUCUUACCUCCCAGUCCUGGUGAUGUUUCCACUGGUCUUGUACAUCUACUAUGUGGAAAACUCCUUGGAACGGUUCCUGUGUAACGUUCUUAAACUAUCCGUUUUGUUCCCCAGCUUCGGUGUGCUCAUAGGUCCUCUGUUCUAUUUGUCCAAGGCAAGAAAAAUGUGCUGCCUUAGUGGGACAGAAAAGACAUUUAAUGAGUAGAGAGAAUUUUGAUAUCAGCACCACUAUUGUGAACAGUGAAUAUGUACCUUAUUGAUUU